AUGGCUGCUAUCAACAAGAUCGCCCACAACUCGCCAUCGAGGCAGAACCCCUCCGAGCUGGAGACUGCGAUCGCCGGCGCUCUCUUCGACUUGGAGAGCAACACACAGGACCUGAAGGCCACCCUUCGGCCCCUGCAGUUUGUCUCUGCCCGUGAGGUUGAGGUCGGCCACGGCAAGAAGGCCGUUAUCAUCUUCGUCCCCGUCCCUCUCCUCCAGGGCUUCCACAAGAUCCAGCAGCGCCUGACCCGUGAGCUCGAGAAGAAGUUCUCCGACCGCCACGUCCUCUUCGUUGCUCAGCGCCGCAUCCUGCCCCGCCCCAAGCGCUCUGUCAACUCCCGCACCAACCAGAAGCAGAAGCGUCCUCGCUCUCGCACCCUGACCGCUGUCCACGACGCCAUCCUCACCGACCUCGUUUACCCCGUCGAGAUCGUCGGCAAGCGUAUCCGCACCAAGGAGGACGGCAGCAAGACUCUCAAGGUCAUCCUGGACGAGAAGGAGCGUGGUGGUGUUGACCACAGACUCGAUGCCUACGGCGAGGUUUACCGCCGACUAACCGGCCGCUCUGUUGUCUUCGAGUUCCCCCAGAGCGGUGCCGCCGAGUUCUAG